CGGUUAACCAACUCAACUUAGGUUCGGUAAAAAAAAUCACUCACUUCACAGUUGAUUUUAAUCCAAAUAUUUUUCCUUAAUUUAAUCUUUAAUUUGUUGUUAAUUGAUUAUGAAGAUCAUUUGAAUGUGUAGUCUCUCUCUGUAACUGCUGUAAAUUUAGUCUCAGUUCCAUUGGAAAUCAUGGACUCAAUGAAACUUAGUUACUCUGAAGUUUCAACCUAUCAUCUUCAUGCUUCAGCUAAAGGAGAGAUUUCUCUCGAUAUUGGUGCCAAUCAAAGUACUCUGCAAGACUUCAAGCUAGCUGAAAGUGUUGGGUACUAUUGUUACAAAGAUAGUAAUGUUUGGUCAUCGCCAACCUGUAAUCGCUUUAUUUACUGGAGAAGUAACAAAGACUACAUUCAGUUUUAUGAAGUAUCCCUGGACUUCAAUCUUGCACGUAAUCAUGUACAGUUAAGGUUUCAUAACACACCAAUACUGGAUGGUGUUAGUGUCCAUGAGACUGAAGAUCAAGUUAUCAUUCUACUGGCCACAGUUGCAUCAAUUCACCGUAUUACCUUAACUCAUCCUAGAAAACUUGGAACCGUACUCAUUGAUACAGUACGAAGUGGUUCUAACAUUCUGCCUCAUGGCUCCAACAAUAUCAACCCCAGUGAUUUGCAUACUAGGAAAUCCAUUUUCUAUGACCUAAAUGCAGCUAAUUUGCGAAAUCCUGAUAGUUAUCAUGUUUUAAAUAAUUCAUUCAAUUUGGGAGGUUCACUUUCAUCCUCAGAUAUGCCUUUCCCAAUUAGGUCCUGUUCUUGGUUAAAUUCAGAUAAAGAAGCUUACUUUGCUUUAGCAGAUUAUACUGGUAACAUAUCUGUUAUAAAAAUGAAUCAAUCUUCAUCAGGCAAAGUUACUGUAUAUAAUCUCAAGCAAACCGGCUUGAUAAAAAGUUUAUGGUACAAUCUGGUUCCAUCUCGAAUGUCUAUGUCAAGAGGUAAUCCGGAUAAUGAACAAGCAGCUCUGAGUAUUCUUUGGCAUCACCUUCCAUCCAUCGAAGAUGAUCUAAUGAUUACUCUUUGCCGUGACUUGAAAAUUCGUAUCUGGUCAUGUGCAAAGCAAGACUAUGUAGCUGCCGAAAGUAUUGAGUCUUUCCAAGAUAUGUCGUCCGGUUAUUCUACAACAAGCAUCAAUAAAUCUGUUAAUGAUCCUAUGAUCGUAACACGACCUGUACUGAAAAAAGAUGCGUCCUCAAAUGGCAGUGAUGAAUUGUUCUUGGCUGCUUUUGUACCUACUACCUCUGGGAGAAAAUUCAUUGUUUACAAACUUUUGUUCGUCGGUGAAAAUUUAACCUUAAAAGUCGUCACUUCAAUUGAUGCCCUUCAAGAAGAUCUUGUUGAUUUUGUGUUCACUGCUAACACGUUAUGGGCUCUAUGGCGUCUAGCUGAAAGCGAAGUAACACUUUCACAUUGGGAGAUUAAUGAUGAUUCCUCAUGCUGGCAAAGUGUUACCACUUACAACCAUUUCCAACCUCCUAUAAAUGUUAAAUCUAUGUUAAUCAGCCCAAAGGAACUUUUCAUCGAAAAGAUUUUCAAAAAAGGAAAAUUCUCAUCUCAAACCAUUGCCAAAGCUAUAAGUACUUUAAAUCGAACUCAUGAAUCAUAUUACUCUUUUUUAAAUACCGAAUCCUUGAUCGAAGAGGUUGCUAAUGCUGUAGAGAAUCGGCUUCGUUCUCUCCCUGGAGUUGGUGAAUGUUCUCCUGAUGUGUAUUCAAACUUAGAAUGUGAAUUAUGGAACGAAUUUUAUUCUUAUUGCUUACAAUACCACAAUGUCUUCAACAAGCCUCUUGGCCUCUUCAUGGACAGUAGAACUGGAUUAACUGGAAUAUUGAGAGUUUCAAGUGUCUCUUACUUGAGAGCUAAUGAUCCCAUUGACCAUGUUCUUUUAUCUCGUGUUCAUACUCCUAACUAUGACAUCUCCAAUAUCCUUACCGAUGAUUUUUCACUUGAAACUAGUCUGCAACAACUGCUUCAGUUUAUAAAAACAAUCAAUAGUUAUUUAGAUGAAGAUGCCUUCCUUCAACUCGAAAUGUCCUGCACAGCUGAUGAACCUGUAGAGAAAGUUUUUCGUGAAGUUGUCAACAAAUACCUUAUGACAGACCCGUGUGAUCUCGAUAUUGGAAAAUCAAAUAUGUUAUCUUCUGUUGAAGAUGCCUUAGAAAGCUCUCGAAUAUUGGAGGCUGUCGAUUUGAUAUUGCAGACUCUGAAUAUUGAAUCAAAAGACCAUUCUGAUGAAGCCAUGGACUCAUCUGUUACUAUGGUUCAGCAAUCCUUGGACCAAUUUUUGAGUGGUAAUAUCGGCGUUUGCAUUCUUACGGAAAGUAUCAAACAAACUUGUCGACUUCGUUUUGAGUUCUGCCGAGAUCUCCUUCUAUUUCAACUACUUGUUCGCCUAUCAACCACGAAUUCAACUGACUACGACAGACUUUGUGAUACCUUAGAAAACUCUAUAGCGCUUAACAAAUUGUGUCUUAAAUCAUAUUAUUCAAUGGCCUGGAUCAGUGAAACAAGUAUGAGCCUAAAAGACAGUACAUUCCUCGGCAUAGAAAAUACAGUGACUCUUUUGGCAACUUUAGAACUCCAUGAAUUUAUCAAUGUUAAUCGCAAUCCUCCCACUGCUAAUGCCUUAGUUCAUGAUUUUUCACCGAAGUCUAUUGUUGCUCAUCUCAUUGGACAUAAAAAAUGUCCAUCAGCCCGCAAAAUUCUAUCAUCACACGCAGAAGACGUUGAAGAGCCAGAAAACUGUCAGACUUGGUUAACGUUUCAACCAUCCUUAGUUCAAGCUAUUGGAACAAUUAUUUGGCCUACUUCCAAUUCUUCUUUUGUUCUUCGUUUCUUACUUGGUUUCGAACAGUUUGAAUUGAUAGACCAAUAUUCAAAAAUGUUAGAUGCUUGGUGUGAUCACAGUAUCGCAAGUAGACGAUUUUGUAUGGGAAUAACUCAAUUAUUCUUUGGUGAUCCUAAAAAGUCAGUUGGUUAUUUCCAUCAAGCUUUGAAUGGGUUGCUGGAAGAACCGUUUCUUCAAAAAAUUUUCUUGGCCAGCUUGUCUAAUACAACAAUUGAAAGAAAGCCAAAUGAUUCCCUUACUAAUGCGGAGAUUACAACAUAUUUCAACAAACUUUUCCGUCUUUGUCGUCUACAUUCUCAGAAUGAAAUUAUUCUUGACCUUGCUCUUGGAGCGAUUGAUCUACUCGAUGAAAGUGGAUCCUCAUAUGAUCAACAUUUCUCAUCCUUUAUGACUACUAUCUUCAUGUGUCAUUUAGAGUUCGGAAACACUGUCGAUGCAUUUUCUGCCAUGUUGCUGAAUCCAUCUGCUAUUCAACGGAAAGAUUGUUUACGACAAUUUACUGUAAAACUUUAUGAAAAACAAGCUAUUUCUGAAAUGAUAAAUUACGAUUAUGUAGAGAUGGAAGAUGACUUUAUUAAUAUACUGGAAUUCCGUGCUCGAUCAACUGAUCUUCUCCAAACGGAAAAGAAAGUCGAUUUCUAUGAAAUAUUAUAUUCUUACUUUGUUAAAAGAAACAACUACCGUAAAUCAGCUUCUAUCAUCUAUGAAUAUGCUAAAAGACUUUGUCAAGAAGUUAAUGGAGUUGAGAGUUUGAAAAAGCAAGCAAGAUGCUUCCUUUUAGCUAUCAAUUCUCUUAAAUUAAUUGAUCCCAAGUAUGCAUGGAUUAUUCAACCAACCAUUAAAGCGUCAUCAAGCAGUUUACACUUUGGAAGAAGCUCUUCCUCUGUUACUUCAUCAAUCAAGCGUAAACAUGGAUUAGAUGAUGCCCAAGAAUCUCCUCCAUCUGAUACUAUAACAAGAAAAGAAAUUCAAGUAUUGAAUAUCAAUGAUAUUGUUAAAGAGUAUGAGCUAACCAAUGCACGAUACAAGCUAUUGGAAAAAAGUUCUCAACUUAAUUCAAUUGCAUCAACACCAUUAUCAGCUGAGGAAACAAUUACUCUUCUCAUCUCUAACCUUCAGUUUGAUCUCGCCUUCCAACUAAGCACUCACUUUGAUUUGCCAUAUGAGCCAGUUCUUGAAGGACUGGUUGGAAAAUACGUUUACCUAACCGAAUUACCUUUCCGUAAGAUGAGUUUAGAAGCUGGUCUUAUGGAAAUUAAUGAAUGUUUUAUCGAAAAUGAUACUGCAUCCGCAAGCUUUAUUGCCAAUGCUGAGAUGCCCGCUAUUGAUAAAAUGCUUUUCUUGAUUUUAACUUACAUCGAGAAAUAUGAAGAAAGGAAUCAAACUCGACUCCAUAAAUGUGUCGCUGAAAAGCUCCUUGAGUCCGGUAUUCCUCUUCCCAACCCAUUGAAGCUCUCUUAUCAGAAACGUAAUUCUCCCGAACUUCUCCGAAUUUUGAUGAGUUAUGAUUACAUUGAAAGUGCUUUCAAUUUUGCCAUGGAGCUUAUUGACGGUUACUUGGGACAAGGAACAGAAUAUUUUGAUAUCAAGGCACCUAAAAUUGGUAGCAAACAAGAAACUUACUUCCCUCAUCAACAUAUAAAGUGUCUUCUUGAAAUAUUAGAAAAAGAAAAGGACGAUCACAAAGAUUAUGAAGAGUUCGCCAAACAAUUAAUUCACAAGCGGGAUAAAUAUCGAGAACUGAUUCUUUCAUGUCACCAAAUAACUGCUAGAUGAUUAUUUUCUCCUGUUAUCAUGUCUAAACAGCAAAAUCAAUAAAAUUCUUUUGAUAAAUAUUCAUAAACAAUUCUAUUUUCCAUUGAUUCACCAUCCAAUUCAGAAACACCAGAUCUAUUUUAUUUUACCAGCAACUUUACCAAAAUUUUAAAAAUCUAUGAAAGUUUACGAAUGAAGAAAACGGAUGAUGUUUUAGUUUUUUUAAGUUUUUAUUCUAAUAGAAAAAUGAUCAAAUAAAAUUUUAAUCUGAGCUUU